AUGGACAAGCUGCUGCUUCUGGUCUCUGCCCUUGCCAGUCUCCUGGGGGCCUUUGCUCACACAGACCUCAGUGGGAAGGUAUUUGUGUUCCCUCAAGAAUCUUCUACUGACCAUGUGACCUUGACUCCAAAGCUGGAGAAGCCUCUGAAGAGCUUUACCUUGUGUUUCCGAGCCUACAGCGACCUGAGCCGUGCCCACAGCCUCUUCUCCUACAAUGCCCAGGGCAAGGACAAUGAGAUCCUUGUCUUCAAGGAAAGAGCUGGGGAGUACUCCCUGCACAUUGGAAAAACCAAAGUCACCUUCAAAGUUGCUGAGGUGUUCCCUAGCCCCACACACAUCUGUGUUACCUGGGAGUCUUCCACGGGCAUUGCUGAAUUUUGGGUCAAUGGGAAGCCACUGGUGAAGAAGGGCCUGAAGAAGGGUUACUCAGUGGCAACUCAGCCCAAGAUCGUCCUGGGGCAGGAGCAGGAUUCAUAUGGAGGGGGAUUUGAUGUGAACCAGUCCUUUGUGGGGGAGAUCGGGGACUUGUACAUGUGGGACUCUGUGCUGUCCGCACAACAGAUCCUGUCUGUGAAGCAUGGCUCCUACCUCCUUGAUCCCAACGUGCUGGACUGGAGUGCUCUGGACUAUAAGAGUCAAGGCUAUGUGGUCAUCAAGCCCCUGGUCUGGGACUGA